CACGAACCAUAUUGUAUGGAUGGAGCAGAGAAAGGCCAGGGAUUCACUUUCAUGUGACCGAUGCCGUCACAAAAAACUGAAGUGCUCGAAAGAGCAUCCAACUUGUAGAAUCUGUGCUAAGAGUGGAGCAAGAUGUCAUUACAGCGGGAAGAUAAUCAGAUCGCCGUUGACGAGAGCCUACCUCACAAGCGUUGAGAAGAGACUACAAGGACUCGAGGCUCUUGUUUCCCAACUUCUUCCUGGAGUCAAUAUCGAUGAUGUGCUCAGCUCACCAGACCUGGCGCAAGCCUUGUCGCUGGCGGCAAGGCCCUCUACGCCCGAUGUCUUGCGCCCUGCAGUGAUAUCGAGUCCGCCAAGCGAUUCGAGUCCGGCUGUUGCUAACGACCCAGUCCUACCGGAAGCGGUGCCCAGCGAUGCAGAUGGGUUUAAUUGGCAAGAAGAGGGCGCCAAUGUUGAUAGCCUUACUGAUGGCAUGGCCGCGCUCUCUGUUGAGCCCACUGGUGUUGGCUAUCUAGGCUCCACUUCCGGUGUCGUUUUCCUACGAUGUCUCCUUGACUGGGCUGGCUUCUUGCAUCAGUCCCAUGCGCAACCUCAAGAACGCCGGACUGAGCGCUCGAUGCUCCUCACUAGUGUAUUUGCAUCUGCUCAAAUCUCUCAUGUUGCCUUGACGAAUCAGAUUGCAUCCACCCUGAUAGACGCAUACUUCCAGGAGUAUCAUUGCGUCUAUCCCUUUGUGCACGAAGCAACCUUUCGAGCUCAGUACCACGAGAUCGUGCCACGCCCACCGAAAAGAUCUUGGGACAUGCUGUACCACGCAAUCUUAGCAUUGGGUGCAUGGAGCCUCAAUAAAGAUCAAGUGGGUCUAGAGGACUAUCUGUAUCGCCGUGCGCUCACUCUGGGGCAACAUGAGUCGGUGUUUGAGACGGUCAAUCUGACGUCGAUCCAAGCCUUGAUCUUGUUGAGUAACUUGAGUCAAAAGAGAAACGCCCCAAACACCGGAUGGAACCUUCUUGGGCUCUCAGUUCGCAAUGCUCUGAGUGUAGCACUGCAUAGGGAACUACCACACUGGAACAUCAGCCCCAUGGAACGUGAGAUCCGUCGUCGAGUCUGGUGGGGCUUGUACAUCUUCGAUAGUGGUGCCUCGACGACAUUUGGAAGAGCGAUAAUGCUCCCAGACCGGGACUCCAUGAACGUGCAUGCCGUUCUAAACGUCAGCGAUGAAGCGCUCACACCCCGAACGACCGAGCUACCUAUCGAAUCGACGGAGCCGACGCUUUACUCCGCCUUGAAAGCACAAAGCGAUCUGCACAUGCACACGAAUCAUAUUUCGAACCGGCUCCUCGCGGAUCCUGGGCUAUCCGCAGAGGCAGCUCUCUCUAUCAGCGCUUCGAUGGAUGCAUGGUCACAGAAUCUGCCUACCUACUUUCAGCUCGAUCAUCAGUCCGCUUGCCAGCACCGAUGGUAUACGUUCGCGAGAUCCCGGCUAUGGUGGAGAUUUUGGAACCUCAAAAUCAUCGUUUUCCGCCACAUUCUACUUCGUCACGCCAUCUCCGAGAGAGGUCAAAUUCCUGAUCCUGUGGCGCAAGCAAAGCAAGAGGAGUGUACACAACUAUGUAUCGAGGCCGCGAACGCUACGGUAUCAUCCAUACAUCAAUAUGCCGCACAAGGCCUAACCAGGCUAGAAGGCUGGUAUGCCACGUACUUCCUCUUCCACGCAGCGCUAGUGAUGAGCUUGUGCAUUAUCAGUUUUCCGCAAUCCGUUGAAUUGUCAGUCUGGCACCAAGCGAUCCGCUUGGCGAGAAGCACUUUUCGAGACCACCUUGUCGAGGACUCCCUUUCGGCCCGUUGCGUCGCUAUCCUUGAUCAAGUCGUUACAAUCGACGACAUAGACGCUGGUAUCUUUCAAGACGCCCCCCAUCUGGAUCGCGAUGCCUUGAGCAACUUCCCCUGGUCUAUCGAGUCGAACGAACUCUUCGAUUCUUUUGACUGGGAUCUGACUUCCAACGGCUUCUGA